UUUGAAGCGCGUGUAUUUAAUUCACAAUCUCCCAGUCGCGGCAUUUCUUGCGAUUGGGCGAGGAUGGUAAAUUGUCAUUUUGUUUGCGUAGAUAGAGAGAUCUCUACGCGUCAAUCAAUUCAAGCAGACAUUCUCGAGAAAACUAUUCACCAUGUCGGCAGAUACAAUCAUUCCGUUGCAUGAAUACGACUGCAUGCCCUUGUUGACAACGAUAUUCCUCACAAUAUUGCUGAAAUACGACCGGGUGCUCGAUCCGGAGGCUCUGAGAAAGUCGUUGAUCCAACUGAUUGACAGAGAUGGCUGGCGCAAACUCGGUGCCCGGCUCAAACAAGAUGCAAAAGGCAAUCUGGUCUACCACGUGCCGGCCACGUUUGACGAGAGCAACCCGGCCAUCACCUUCACCCACAUCCACCACGACAUGGCCAUGGCGGACCACCCGCUGGCCCGGCAGAUCCCGUCGCCCACGUCCGGGCCCGGCAAGGAGCGGCCGGCCGUGGUGCUAGACAUGGCCAAGAUCGCGCCCCUGACGCGACGCAGCGACGCGCCGCACACCAUGGCCGAGUUCAUCGCGCGCGACCUGCCGCAGCUGGAGCUCCACGUCGUCACCUUCCGCGACGGCACCACCGUGGGCAUCAGCUUCCUGCACUCGCUGCUGGACGGCAUGGCGCUCGGCGGCCUGCUGAGCGCCUGGUCGCUCAUCCUGCACGGCCGGGCCGACGAGGUCCCGGCGGUCUGCGGCGGCGGCGACGACGACGCCCUCAGCCGGCUGCGCCACCUGCACAACGCCAAGGCCGAAGACGACGACGACGCCGACAACGCCAAGACCCCCGCGGCCCCCGUCGCGUACAAGCACGCGCGCUACGUCAUGGGCCGGCUGGCGACGCUCCGGUUCGUGCUGGGCCGCGCCUGGGAGUUCUUCCGGUACCGGCAGGAGGAGGUGCGGGCGGUGCGGGUGCCGGGCUCGUUUGUGACGCGGAUGCGGGAGGCGACGCUGCAGGAGCUGGCGGCGGCGGCAGCGGAGGGCGGCGCAGCGGCCAAGGAGAAGCCGUGGGUGAGCGAGGGCGACGUGCUGGUGGCGUGGUGGAGCCGGUACGCGACGCUGCAGUACGCGCACCGGCCGGACAAGCCCAUCAUCGUGACCAACGCCUUCAGCAUGCGCAAGCCGCUGGCGGGGACGCUGCUGCCGGCGCUGCCGCGCGACGGCGGGCGGCCCACCGUGUACCUGGCCAACUGCGUGACGGGGCUCAACGUCUACACCACCAUCCGCAGCCUGACCGCCGCGACGGCCCAGACGGCGGCCGCGGUGCGGCGCAGCAUCGUGGAGCUGGGCACGCUCGAGCAGCUGGCCGCCAUGCACGCCCUCUGCCUCAAGGACCCGCGCAAGCUGUGGAAGAUGCGCUUCGCCGGCCUGCCCACCGCCCACAUGGCCAUCUUUACCAACUGGACCCAGGCCCUGUUCCACCAGGUCGAUCUCGCCCCGGCCGCCGUGGCCGGCGAGGGCUGCCCCGAGGGGCAGGAGGGGCAGGUCGUGCCGAGCUUUGUGGGCUCUCACAUGAACAGCCGGGUCUGGCCUCUGCGUGAUCAGUUUGUCAUCAUCGGCAAGGACAGCCAGGGUGAUUAUUGGCUGUCUGGAACGUUGCGCAAGGGGCUGUGGGCCAAUAUAGAGCAGGAGUUGGACAAGGAGAGGUUAUAAAUGGUGGAUGACUGUCGGGUCGCUGCAGAAUUUGCUGCCGUGUACGUGAUUUUGUACAAGUAUGUAAUAUUAAUGAGCCUCCUAUAAUGGAGCAGCUAGUCUAGUUCUCGUUCUUCAGUUUAGUGCGGUGGUCGGAUAGAAGUAUGCUGGUUCCUUG